GUGUCACGAAGGUUGACGAGGCGUAUGAAGAAGGAGCUCAGGAAUCGCGGCUAUGGACAGGCCAAAAUCGCGAUAUACACCUAUAAAUAUUUGCUGGUUAAGUCUAUGGACGAAGAAAGCAACUUCACUUUUAACUACUUCACCAAGGAGCUGAUUGACGAGCCGGACGCAGUUGUAAAGACCCUCUUGGCUCAUCCGGAGCCGAUGGUAAAACGCUUCGGCGCGGAGCUUCUUGGAAGUUAUAUCAGGGCGCAGAGCCCCGUAGAGCAUCAGCUGAAGGCCAUAGAGCCGCUGGUGGCAACCGUUUGCGAGGUUGCAGGCCAGGGGGCUGGGGAGCAGCAGCUUAAGAUCGCCAGCCUGGGUGCCAUUGCGGAGUACGUGGAGCUGUGUCACGAACUCAAGGUGCUUCCCACAAAAUUGGAGGAGAGUAUGGGAGCGGUUUUGAAGAACCUGGAUACCAGCGCGGGCGCAAGCACAGCAGGUGAGGACAUCAGCACCGUGUACCGGGUUAUGGAGACGUUGUUCCGGCACCUGGAUCAAGAAGGCGGCUGGCAAAAGACGGACUCUGUGAAGAAGCUCAUGGCCAUCGUGCAAAGCUCCUGCUCCGACCAACCGUUUCCCCUGUUUGCCGCGCUCGUACGCCACAGCAGUGCACCGGGCCUGCGCCCCGAUGAGCGGGCGGUCGUUAUCAACCUGGCAUUGCAGCAGGCGCCAGUUUAUUCGCUGUCGGCAUUCAGCAUGGCGCUGCAGGAGCUGCCACGGGCGCUCACUGCCGACCAGUUCAGCGAUACUUUCCAACUGCGGAGCACCAUCAUCGCCGCUAUGCGCCAGCUGGCGCAGGCAGUAGGUGAUGCGGCGCAGAUGUGCGAGGCGAUCUCGUCCGUACUGCGGAAUCAUGCAACACCAACGAAGCAAGCGCAGGCCUGCCUCGACUGCGCCCUCGCAGCCGCACUCGUCAUUCCGGGCUUCCAGGAGGCAGGUCGCACAUUCCCUGGCGGCCACGCGCCUGCGCAGCUGUUACAGCAGCUGGCCGCCAUCAUCACUGUCUGGGGACCAGCCGACUCGGACUCGCGCGCCACUGCCUGCCAACUCCUAGGCGCCGUGCUGGCGGCUUGUGGACCCGGGCUGCGGGAUGAGAAGCAGGCACUCGGGCUGAUGGACAUGGUGCUGCAGAUGGCCCAGAACGUGUCCCUGGGAACGCCUCCGGAUGUGGCGAUUAUGAGCAGAGUGCUGGCCUCGUGCCUAGCAAGUCGCCAGCCGGAGCUGCUGCUGCACGGCGUGCGCCUUUCUAAAGACGCGGAUCGGCUCUGGGCCGUGGCACUGCUCAUGCUGGUGAACAACUUGCUUUCCACGCUAGCGACACGUGCAAACUGCAAUCACUUGCUGCCGCUGAGGUUUAACAUCCCAGCGGUCGCAUGCUUAAGCUUUAAGGAAGAGGGCGGUAAGCUUGACAGCUGCUCGCCGGUCUUCGAGGGCAGCGCGUCUGCCGCAGAAGCAUGCCUACGCUCUGUGCAAUCGGAGUGGCCACUGGACCAUUGGUACGGCAAGGUGCUUGACGCUCUCUGCAAGGGAAGCAUUCUGCAAACGCAUUACAUGCACAAUCUGCAAAACAUAAUCUUCGAGCCGUUCGCAGCUCAUGCCAUGCCUGGGUUGCCGCCAGCUCAGCAGCUGGCGGCACAGCCUGGUACCGCUUCCUCCAGCGGGGCACCCAGCGGCGCACAAGGUUGCGGUGCGGCAAUGACACAGAUAUCAUCCAAGCUGGAAGCUAUGGCGCGGAUCCGCAUAGCGUCGAUUAAGCGGGAGCGCCUCAAUCUGCAACAUGUCAUGGACGUGCUAGCAGACGGAGAUGCCGAUGACUUCGAGACGAAACCCCCAGGAAAAGGAGUCGUACCUACCUCCCACAACGGAGUUGGCAAUGAGGUGUAUGUUGAACAAGUCGCUCUUACCGACGCUGGCAUUAAAGACAUGGCGAAGACGUACUACUCUUAUGUACUCGCCACGGUUGGCAACGGUCCGUUGGAGACGUCUGAACUACUCCACCGCUUGGAAUCUGUCACCGGAUAA